GGGCCAAGGCGUUGGAGGCAGCUGCGGUCCGACUGGAGCUGGCUCUUCGGGCGGGACUUGAAGCCCAGGGUCCUCGGGCUCCUCCGGACGCCGGCCAUCCCUGCGUGAGGCUGGGGGUUCCUUUCCAGGCGGGCGCAGCUGGUUUCCGGGGUAAGGCUUUUUGAGGGCAUGACGAUGGCGUCGGGCUUGGGCUCCCAGGAUCAGGAAGGGCUUCUGAUAGUGAAAUUGGAGGAGGACUGCGCCUGGAGCCAGGAGCUGCUCCCGCCGGACCCAAGGCCCAGCCCAGAGGCCUCCCACCUGCGCUUCAGAAGGUUUCGCUUCCAGGAGGCCGCUGGGCCCCGGGAAGCCCUGAGUCGGCUCCAGGAGCUUUGCCAUGGGUGGCUGCGGCCUGAGAUGCGCACCAAGGAGCAGAUCCUAGAGUUGCUGGUGCUGGAGCAAUUUUUAAUCAUCCUGCCCCAGGAGAUUCAGAGCAGAGUGCAGGAGCUGCACCCAGAGAGCGGCGAGGAAGCAGUGAUCCUUGUGGAAGAUAUGCAGAGAGAGCUUGGGAAACUGAGGCAACAGGUCACAAACCAUGGGCAGGGAACAGAAGUGCUUUCGGAGGAGCCUUUGUCUCUGGAAACAGCAAGAAAGUCACCGAGCUUCAAGCUGGAGCCAAUGGAAACUGAGCGAAGCCCUGGGCCCAGGCUGCAGGAGCUGCUAGGCCCCAGCCCUAAAAGGGACCCACAGGCUGUAAAGGAGAGGGCAUUAUCUGCUCCCUGGCUUUCUCUCUUUCCUCCUGAAGGAAACCUGGAAGACAAGAUGACUGGGCCCCAGUUGCCUGAGAGCUUAGAGGACGUGGCUAUGUACAUCUCCCAGGAGGAGUGGGGGCAUCAGGAUCCUAGUAAGAGGGCUGUCUCCAGGGACACGGUGCAGGAGAGUUAUGAGAAUGUGGACUCACUGGAAUCUCAGGUUCCCAGUCAGGAGGCUCUGAGCACUCAGGUGGAUCAAGGAAGAAAACCAUGGGACCCCAGUGUCCAGACUUGCAAGGAGGGACUGAACCCCAGAAGCCCAGCUUCAGGGGAAGAGAAAUUUGAGAGCCGAGAAGAAAGUACUCGGUCUGUUUCCCCCGAGAGCAUCCAUCUGCAGGUGCUUCUGCCUGGCCAGGCCAGAGGGGAGGUGCCCUGGAGUCCUGAGCAGGGACGGCCUGGGGAUGUGGCAGAAGGGCAUUGGGAGCCUCCCCCAGAUGAUCGGAUGGAGCAGUCCUUAGUGGGGGCCACAAGUUCCAGAGAAGUGGGACAACCAAAGGAACUGCUGCCAAAGAAGCUCCAUUUAUGUCCCUUGUGUGGCAAAAAUUUCUCUAACAACUCAAACCUAAUUAGGCACCAGAGAAUACAUGCAGCAGAAAAACUGUGUAUGGGUGUGGAGUGCAGUGAAAUCUUUGGUGGGAGCCCCCACUUUUUAUCACUACACAAAGCACACUUCAGAGAGGAAGCCCAUAAGUGCCUCGAAUGUGGAAAAAGCUUCAGUCAGAAUACCCACCUGACUCGCCAUCAACGCACCCACACAGGCGAGAAGCCCUAUCAAUGUAAUGUAUGUGGAAAAAGCUUCUCUUGCAACUCCAACCUCCAUAGACACCAGAGAACACACACUGGUGAAAAGCCCUACAAGUGCCCUGAGUGUGGGGAGAUCUUUGCUCACAGUUCCAAUCUCCUUAGGCACCAGAGAAUUCACACAGGAGAGAGACCCUAUAAGUGUGCUGAGUGUGGAAAAAGUUUCUCUCGCAGUUCCCACCUUGUCAUACAUGAAAGAACUCAUGAGAAAGAGAGACUUUACCCUUUCUCCGAGUAUGGGGAAGCAAUGAGUGACAGCCCUUUUCUUACAAAUCAUGGAACCCACAAAGCAGAGAAGAAACUCUUUGAAUGUUUGACUUGUGGGAAAAGCUUCCGGCAGGGCAUGCAUCUCACCAGACAUCAGAGAACGCACACAGGGGAGAAACCUUAUAAAUGUACCCUUUGUGGGGAAAACUUUUCUCAUAGAUCCAACUUAAUCAGGCACCAGAGAAUUCACACAGGAGAGAAACCCUAUACCUGUCAUGAAUGUGGAGACAGUUUCUCUCACAGCUCCAAUCGGAUUCGUCAUCUGAGAACCCAUACAGGAGAGAGACCCUAUAAAUGUUCUGAAUGUGGAGAAAGCUUUUCUCGGAGUUCACGUCUUAUGAGUCAUCAGAGAACUCACACUGGAUAAAAACCAUGGGGUUUCAUUUUGCCCCAGACAGCCGGUACUUCUUGUCCUGCUGACCUGAAGAGGAAGUGUAAGGGAAUCUGUGUGAGGAAGGAGCAGAGACAGCAAAGGAUUAGCAUAAAACUAAAAAGGAAUUCUGUUUUGAAUUAGUGAGGAUGACAAGUCUUUGAGGCAACCUGCUCAGGGCAGAAUUACCUUAUGAAGUCCACCUUGUCUCAUGGUGUACCCACCCCCUUGGUAUAUUUAGCCAAGUUGUGAUUUGGAUGCCUUACUGUGUCUGUGUCCAGUGUCUUAGCAACUUUGGGAAUCCAUUUGACUUUUUGUUACUGCUUCCUCACUUGGGACAGUCAGCAGGAGCAUUUGAGCUCCUGAGGCCCUUGAUACCAAAGAAGAGGGGGUGAGUCUCCUGGGAAACCACCUUGAGGGCAAGGAAAGACUGGUGGUAAGUUUAGCUCUCCCAAAGGCCCUGACAGGGAAGCAAGCGACAGUGCCCCUCAAUAGCUUGACAGGAGGGCCCAUUGGCAGGCCAUGCAUAUCAGUGUCACCUCAGAUAAAAAGGACCCAGAGACCUAAGGAAAACAGUAAAAAGUAGUAAUUUGCAGGUCAGUCUAGGAAUUGGCAGAGGGAGCUGAAGUCUAAAUUAGUCUACCCUUUGCAGAGAUCAAGACUUCCCCCACCUCUAUCAGAGAAAGAUAAAAAGAGCUCUUGGGUCUUCAGAGGGUUCCAUGUAGGAUGGGUUCCCUAGGAGUCUUUGAAAACGUGGAUCUUAGGGAAAGUAGAGAUCAUUCCUUUUCCUGUUGAAAAUAUGUUUGGAUGGUAAUAAAUAUUUUCAGGAAAC